AUGGCACCAAAAGAUGAAGAGCUUACAACAUUUCGUACACCUAAGGGUAUUUAUUAUUACAAAGUGAUGCCUUUCAGUUUGAAAAAUACUGGUGCCACAUAUCAAAGGGCUAUGAAGAAUAUCUUUGAUGAUUUGCUCCACAAAAAUGUUGAAUGCUAUGUGGAUGACUUGGUGUCUUCUCGAUUCAAAAGUUUGAAGCACUACUUUCAAGCUCAUAGUGUUAACCUUAUUUCCAGAGCAAAUCCCACCAAGUUUGUGAUGUCAAAACCAGUCCUCAGUGAUCGACUAGCAAGGUGGUACCUCCAGUUUCAACAAUUUGAGAUUACAUACAUUCCUCAAAAGGCUGUAAAAGGACAGGCAUUGGCGGAUUUCUUAGCGGAUCACCCGAUACCUGAUGAUUGGGAACUAACUGAUGAACUUUUCGACGAAGAUGCAAUGGUCGUUAAAAUUCAACCUCCGUGGAAAAUGUACUUUGAUGGUGCUGCACAACGUGAUGGGGCUGGUGUUGGUGUGGUGUUUGUUACUCCGCAAGGAGAAGUUCUACCGUACUCCUUUACUUUGACACAAUGUUGCUCCAACAAUGUCGCUGAAUAUCAGGCACUAAUACUUGGACUUAAAAUGGUCGUUGACAUGAAGCAGUUGCAGUUGCAAGUCUUUGGUGACUCUCAGUUGGUGAUCAAUCAAAUCUUGGGAAGCUAUGAAGUCAAGAAACCCGAAUUACUCCCGUAUUAUGGUUAUGCUCAGAAGUUGAUAGGAUGGCUUGGUGACGUGACUCUUCAGGAUGUUCCUAGGAGGGAAAAUAAGAAAGUCGAUGCUUUAGCUUCAGCGCUCACUCUGCCAGAUUAA